GCGCUGAAACCAGAGCAGGUUUGGGUUAAAGUGGGGGGAGUUCGGGGUCUGAAAGCAUCAAAAAAAAAUAACAUUAAAUCAGCGGGUUUCGGGUGUGCGGUUUUCUUCGCAAAAAGGGCAAAAAGUGGGGCCUGCAGCUGGAAAACAACACCCCCCCCACCUUCCCCCACCCCCCAAAUUAUAAGGCUGGCGGGGGAGGGGGGGCCUUUAUUGAGGCCUUUUGCCCUUUCGGAGCAAUUUUUAGGGAUUUGGGGGUGCAUGAGGAAUUUGGGUCCAUUUGAGACAUUGCAAAGCGGCUUUUUGGGCGUUUUGGAGUGUUUUCUGGUGCGGGAAUGGGGGCGGCAGCCCUGUUUUGGGGGGGCACCAUCCGGCUGCCUCAGGGUGUCACUUUGGGGGCAUUUGUCCUGGUUUUGGGGUGUUUCAGCCUGGCGGCUUUGGGGUUUUCUCUGCCUGCAGUUUUGGGGGCAUUUUGUUGCAUUUUGGGGUGUCUCUAUCCGGCCAUUUUAGGGUGUCUGUGCCCAUUUAUUUUGGGGCAUUUCUCCCCAUUUUCGGGCAUCUCAGCCUGGCUGAUUUGAGCUGUUUCUGCCCAGCUGUUUUGGGGCAUUGAUCCGUAUUUUUGAGGUGUUUCUAUCCGGCCAUUUUAGGGCAUUUUUUGGCAUUUUGCGCUGUUUCUGUCCCGCAGUUUUGAGGUGUCUUUCUUGAGUCUUUGCGGCAUUUCCGUGCAUUUUGGGGAAUCUCUGCGUGGCUGAUUUGGGGUGUUUUCAUCCAGCUGUUGAGGGGCAUUUCUGCAGGUUUUAGGGUGUUUCCUCCCUGGUUAUCUUGGGGUGUUUCUUUGUGGCCAUUUUACGGUGCCUGUGGCCAGUUUUUUGGGGGCAUUUCUCCUCAUUUUGGGGUGUUUGUGCCCGACCGAUUUGUGAUGUCUCUGGCCGUUUUGGGUCAUUUCUACAGGUUUCAGGGUGUUUCCCUUAGUUGUUUUGAAGUAUCUUGGGGCAUUUCUCUGCAUUUCAGGGUGUCUCUGUCCAAUUCUGGGGGGUUCUGCCUGGUCUUUUGGGGGCAUUUUUCUGCAUUUUAGGGUGUCUUUGCCUGAUCAGUUAGGGAUGUGUCUACCCGGCCAUUUUGGGGCAUUUCUCUGCAUUUUGAAGCAUCUCAUCGUGGCUGUUUCAGGGUGUCUGUUCCCAGAUGUUUUGGGGCAUUUCUUAGCAUUUUGGGGGUGCCUGUACCCUGUCCUCUUGGGGCCCUUGCUACCCCGGCCAUUUUUGGGGUGCCCUUUUGGGUCUGGGGGGGCCCAUCCCCGGCCCCCCGCCCCCGCCGUGACUCAGAGCUGUGGUUUCCCGUCUAUAAAUCAGGGGUGGAGGCACCCAAGUGUCGCCCAGAGCCAUGGCGGGCGCCCGGGACCCGUGAGCUGGGGGCACUGGGAGGCACUGGGAGGCACUGGGAACACACUACAGGGCAGCGGCGUGGUGCUGGAUGGGACUUGGGGGGCACUGGAGUGAUGCUGGGUGGGACUGGGAAGGUUCUGGAGUGACUGGGUGGGACUGGAGGGGACUGGGGAGUGAGACUGGGGGUACUGGGAGGCACUGGGAUGGACUGGGGAGUGCCAUGUGCCAGGAGGGGCUGGAAGAGUGUUGGGUGGGGAAAAUGGGGAGGCUGGCGGGGUCUGGGAGGGUGCUGGGGUGUACUGGGAUGGACUGGGUGGCACUGGAAAGGACUGGGAGGGAUUGCAGCCUACUGGGAGGGACUGGGGACUGCUGGAAGGGACUGGAAGGGACUGUGACUUGCUGGGGGAUGCCAGAAAGGGCUGGGGGAAACUGGAAAGGACUGAGAGGGGUUACUGCGAAGGACUGGGGGGCACUGGGAUGGACUGGGAGCUCCACAGGGUGACUGCAGAUGUGACGUGGGGGUUUGCCAGUGGAGGAUGGGAGUGGGCCCAGUCUGUACUGGGAGGUACUGGGAGAGGGGGGACACACGUAACCAGGGGUGCCACAGCUCUGGAGGGGGUGUCCCGUCCCAUCCCCCCCCCCCCGCACGCGUGUCGGGACUUGCCGUGACGCAGGGCCCUCGUGCGAGGCGGCUCGCACACGCGCCCAGGCCUCUCGCACACUUGCGGUGGGGGAGGUGUCUCACACUUCCCCCCCUCCCCAGGCAGCGCCGCCCGCCCCCCCGCAGCCCCCAGGAUCGCCCCACAGUGCUGACCCGCGGAGAUGGGGGGGUCCCUCGGCGCACACAGGUGCCGCCUGAGGGGGGGUCGUGCCCCCCCCUCCUGCACAUCCAGCACCCCGUGCUGGUGAUGCGGACACGGCUCCCCCCAGCACAUGGUCUCCCUGGUUUUGAGUGGAGCUCCAAAGAUCCCCCCGGCCGUGACCGAGCCUCCUCACCCGCCCCUGCCGGCAGCGACCCCCAGCCGCCCCCAAAUGCCGCUCAGCCCCCCAGGGGACCCCACUGUGACCUGGGGGAGGUGGCACAGUGCCUGCGGCAGCUGGAGAGGAUCCAGGAGCUGGAGCAGCAGUUGGCCCGUGAGCGGCACCGCCUGGGGCUGUUGCAGGCACAGCUCAUCCCGAGGUGCCCCCCCACAAUGGCCCCCCCCGGGAAGGGCCACGCUGGGCCCCCCUCAAUUUGGAACCACCAGGCCCCCCCAGAGGUGGAGGGGGAACCUGAGACCCUGCUGCCCCCCCAGGGGCACAGUUGGGAUCAUGGGGGGCUCUGCCCAGCACUGGAGUACUACCGGCUCAGCACUGCCCGGCCCCCCUACACCUACGCCAUGCUCAUUCGCUGGGUGAUCCCCCAGCGCCAGCGCACCCUGGGCGAGAUCUACCACUGGUUCAGCCGCAUGUUUGGGUACUUCCGCCAUAACACCGCUACGUGGAAGAACGCCGUGCGCCACAACCUGAGCCUGCACAAGUGCUUCGUGCGAGUGGAAAACGUGCGCGGGGCCGUCUGGACGGUGGAUGAGGCUGAAUUCAGGCGCAAACGGGGACAGCGCUACCCCAGGGACUGCGACCUGAAGUACUUUUAUGCCCCCCCGGAGCUGAAGGGGGGUGGUGUGUCCUCUAAAACCACAAUG